UCAGUUUCAAGCUAUCAGUCGAGCUCUCAUAACAGAACAAAUAAUUAAAAAGUUUAAGAUGAAAUUCUUAGUUUUUCUCUUCGCUUUGAUUGCUGCUGCAAUCGCUUAUCCACAAUACUAUCCAGGAGGUGGAUAUGGAGGAUAUCCAGGUGGUGGAUAUGGUGGAUACCCAGGUGGUGGAUAUGGAGGUGGUGGAUUUGGAGGAUCAGCUGCAAACGCUCAAGCUUCAUCACAAAGUUUUAAUGCUGGUGGUCCAUUUGGUGGAUUUGGUGGAUCAGCUUCAAAUGCUGCUGCUGGAAGUCAAUCAUUCGGUUUCGGACGUUAAAAAGUGAUGCUAUUAAUUCUUACAAAAUUGGUGUUCUGAUUUCCCACUGGAUACAUCCAUUAUGAGUCUAUUAUAUUAAGUUUCAAGAGUGCCA